CAUCAGCUGAUCCAACAAUUGUCAUCCAUCUCAACCAGUUGGUCAAUAAUAAAAUUUAAUAAUUCCAUUGUUUAUAUAAUUACAAUUACCAAAUACAGGAAAUCUAAAAAAUAAAUAAAAAGUUUAAAGUGACAAAAAAAACUUCAAGAUGUCUAUGCUAAUCACUCCCUGGUUCCGCAACAUCUUCACCGAUCUUUUCGGAGGGCUUAUGAACUUCCAGGACCACCCUGAGUGCGCGAGCCACGAGCUCCGCGUGGUAGACUGUUUAGAAGCCUACGGAACCUACCACGGUAAAACAAAGUGUCGUGUGCUCCUCGAUGACUUCCGAGAGUGCGUCUGGAAGGACAAGCAGGUCCAGAGGAUGACUAUCAUGAGCAUGGAGCGCGCGAGACAGUACCACGACGGCGAGCGUCCUAAAGAAGGUCUCUGGGCCAAAGCACCCAGAGCAGACUCUUACUAAUUACAAUUAGUUUAUUUAUAUUGAUAUUGAUUAUGAUAUAUUAUUAAUAUACUUCAAUUAUUAAUCCAUCACGCGGGUUUGAUAAGUGUAGUUACUGGUUAACAAUAAAUUCAUUGUAAAAUA